UGGUCCCUCUUGCUUCUGUCUGACAACUCUGAGCUUGCUCUCCUCUCUCCAGCCAUGAUUUCCAGGCAGCAUUAUGCCCGAGGAGGGUCCCAGGGCUUUAGCAGUGGUUCAGCUGUCGUAGGUGGAGGCAAGAAGGUUGCUUUUAGCUCGGCCUCCGUGUCUGGGGGUGCAGGCCGCUGCUCUUCUGGGGGCUUUGGCAGCAGGAGCCUCUACAACCUUGGAGGGAACAAGAGUAUUUCCAUGAGCAUGGCCGGAUGCCGUCAAGGUGCCGGCUUCGGGGCUGCUGGAGGUUUCGGGGCUGGCAGCUUUGGUGCUGGUUUCGGUGCUGGCAGCUUUGGCGGUGGAUUUGGGGGCACCUUCGGUGGACGGGGUGGUUCUGGCUUCCCUGUCUGCCCUGCUGGGGGGAUUCAGGAGGUCACUAUCAACCAGAGCCUGCUGACUCCACUCCAUGUGGAGAUUGAUCCCGAGAUCCAGAAGGUCCGGACUGAGGAGCGCGAGCAGAUCAAGACCCUCAACAACAAGUUCGCCUCCUUCAUCGACAAGGUGCGGUUCUUAGAGCAACAGAAUAAGGUCCUGGAGACCAAGUGGAACCUCCUCCAGCAACAGACGACCACCACGACCAGCAAAAACCUAGAGCCUUUCUUUGAAGCCUACCUCAGUGCCCUGAGGAAACAGUUGGAUUCCUUGUUCAAUGACAAAGGACGCCUGCAGUCUGAGCUGAAGACCAUGCAGGACAGUGUGGAGGACUUCAAGACCAAGUAUGAAGAUGAGAUCAACAAACGCACAGCUGCUGAGAAUGACUUUGUGGUGCUCAAGAAGGACGUGGAUGCCGCCUAUAUGAGCAAGGUGGAGUUAGAAGCCAAGGUGGACGCCCUUAAUGACGAGAUCAACUUCCUGAGGGUCCUCUAUGCCGCGGAGCUGGCGCAGAUGCAAACCCACGUCUCAGACACGUCUGUGGUCCUGUCCAUGGACAACAACCGCUGCCUGGACCUGGACAGCAUCAUCGCCGAGGUCCGGGCCCAGUACGAGGAGAUCGCCCAGAGGAGCAAGGCCGAGGCCGAGGCCCUGUACCAGAGCAAGUUCCAGCAGCUCCAGACCUCAGUUGACCAAUAUGGUGACAAUCUGAAGAGCACCAAGAGUGAGAUCUCAGAGCUCAACAGAAUGAUCCAGAGGCUGCGGGCAGAGAUCGAGAACGUCAAGAAGCAGUGCCAGACUCUGCAGGCCUCUGUGGCUGACGCUGAACAGCGUGGGGAGCUGGCCCUGAAAGAUGCGUUCAGCAAGCGUGCAGAGCUGGAGGCCGCUCUGAAGAAGGCAAAGGAGGAGCUGGCCCGGAUGCUGCGCGAGUACCAGGAGCUCAUGAGCGUGAAACUGGCCCUGGAUGUGGAGAUCGCCACCUACCGCAAGCUGCUGGAGGGCGAGGAGUGCCGAAUGUCUGGAGAAUGCCAGAAUGCUGUGAGCAUCUCUGUGGUUGGUGGUGCUGUCAGCGCAGGAGGCAUUGGUGGAGGACUAGGGAGCUGCUCCGGGUUUGGCCUUGGCAGUGGCUUUGGCUCUGGCUCCGGAAGUGGCUAUGGAUUUGGUGGUGGUGUCUUUGGAAGCUCUAGCAGCAAGACCAUCUCUACCAGCAACCUGAUCAAGAGAUCCAACCGAUAGAGGAGAUGAGGUCCCUGCAGCCUCCUGAGGCCAGCUGGGCCCAGCUUGGGUGUCUCUGUGCUUCCUUCACCUUUGCCUCCUUUUUGCAUCUCGUCUCACCAGUGUCACCUCACUGCCAGGGAGUGGACUCUGCCCUCUUGGAGUUUUGUAGCUUCUUCUCAAUUUGGGCUUGGUGACCCACCUGGAAUGGGAGGGGUACCGGCUGAUUCUGUAUCUUCCCAUGGACUGAGGAGAACACAACCAGGAGCUCCAGCUCCAGAAUCAUCAGUGUCACAUAUGUCCUCUCCCAGCCCAAUGCUGUCUCCUACCAGAUCCCAGAUAUCCUUCUACAUCAGGACCAACUCCUUCUCCAUCAUUUGGCAGCAACUGGCCCUGCAAGGUCAGGACAAGAACCACUCAGUCCCA